CUGGCUCCUGAACCAUUGUUUCCCGACAGCUGGACUGGGGGGAGCCUUUUUGUUGCGGCGGACGCGCGCGCUCCCCUGCGUCAACGUUGUACGUGCGCGUUUCCGAGAAGCUGUGACCAAGAUGGCGUCCGUCCCCGGAACAACUAUAGUUCCCCGCAAUUUCCGGCUGCUGGAGGAACUGGAAGAAGGUCAGAAAGGAGUCGGAGAUGGCACAGUUAGUUGGGGCCUUACCAACGAUGAUGACAUGACCCUCACUCACUGGAAUGCCACCAUUAUUGGCCCCCCCAAGACAAUGUACGAAGGCAGAAUAUACACUCUGAAAAUUGAAUGCGGACCCAAAUAUCCUGAGUAUGCACCUCAAGUACGCUUUCUGACCAAGAUCAACAUGGUGGGAGUACAUACAUCAAAUGGUCUGGUGGACAUGAAGGCUUUGACCAGCUUGAGCAAGUGGAAGAACUAUCACACCAUACGCAUGGUGCUGCAGGAGCUCAGACAGCAUAUGAUGUUGAGAGAAAACGUCAAGCUUUCCCAGCCACCUGAAGGCCUAAUGUACAACUGAUGCACCUGCCUUCUACCGUCCCCUCCUCUUCAUCUACACACACACACAACACACACACAACACACACACACACACACAAACACCUCAGAGCCCACAUACUCAACACUGGCUAAACCACUUUGGCUCCACAAGUGUCAUUUUAUCCAUCUGAAACAUCCCAUUGGACAGCGAGAGGAAUGUACAAGCUACUUCCUCACCCAGUUCCCCAUUCUGAUCCUUGGAGCAGGUGUGACCUUUCAAUCAAAAAAAAAACAACAUACUGUGCAUUUUUAGCCUCUUUUGUGUUACACUUCAAGAUUGUAAAGUAACCAUGUGCAUACUGAUUGUGUGGUGGAAGAGUAAAUCCUCCAAAAUCUGUCGGUACUGUGGUGAGGGAUUGAAAUCAAAUCCCUGAAAGUGUAAUGGAUGUUCAUUUUCAGACCAUUCCAAGAUUUGGGUUUUUUUUUUUAACAACUACACACUUUUACUGUAUGUCUGAACUCCAUUCUCAAAUAAUACGUCACUUGGUCUCAGAGGUUAUUUUAGUCUCCCCAAUUAGUUCCCCAAUUCCUGCAAUCCCAAAGAUGUGAAUGUGUCAGGCUUUCCUGACAAAAGGAGCAAGGCUGAUACAUGGGGAGGAAAGCUAUGAGGGGGGGCAUUCAGCAAUGUAUGUACAGUCGUCCCUUGGUUAUCAUGGUUAAUUGGUUUCAGGCACGACCGUGAUAAGUGAAUCGGGAUUCAAUAUUAACAAAUGGAAGAAUGGAACAAAACCCGUUUGUGACUUUCUAACCAUUAUUAGAGCCCUUUAGACAUGAAAUAACACCCCUAUAGUCACAUUUACACUACUAUUUUUGUUUGUUUACAGCACAUUGCUCAACUGUAAUAGGCAGGCUAUGGGAUCACUGCAUCGACACAGGAGAGAGCCAUUGUUUUAAACAUAGCGUGCUAACUCAUUAGCUUCCAAUUUAUUUAUUCUAAACUUAAAGAAUAAGAAUUGUUCUAAUUAAUUUUGUCAGACAUGCCUACAUGCAUUAAGGUAAUGUAAGGUCACAGGUCAUCAGUAUAAUAGUAAUGAUGCUUAAUUACCAGCAUAUGUCGUAUAAAUUGUCAAUAUUUUUUGACUAAUAAUAUUCCACAAAAUAGCGGUCAUUUAUUAAUUUGUUUCCAAAACAUGCCGGAGUGAGGGACGACUGUAUCACAAAAAGCACUGCAGGCUCAUCACUCAACAUUGGAAGAUGUAUAAGUGUGGUUUGGUUGGUAGCGCUAUGUGAUGGAGAUAAAUUUGGACAGGGUUGGGUGGAGACAUCACUCUGCAGAGAACAAGUGUGUACUUGGCACUUUUCUGGAUUGCCACAUUGCCAGGGCCCGUGCUGACUUAUAUUUCUUUUCUGGUCUUUUCCGGGGGGGUUCUUGUUUGGGUUUCUUUAGUUUUCGGGCUGAGCUGCGUGUAUUCCCUGAAGUAGUUUCUCAUGUAGUGAGUGCCCACUGAGCAAUGUAUGGCUUUGGAUGUUUAUUUUAUAACAGGAGAGUUCAAUCAGGGUGACGGGGGACCUGUUGCAUGGUUUUGUUUGAAUUAAAUGUUAUUACUUUUGCA